AUGGCUUCUGACAGAUCAACCACUUUACUUACACCUGAAGACUUGUAUUCGCAGGCGUGUCACUUUGAUGUAGAUCUAGAUAGGGAGCUGUACUUGCUUCCCCUUCUGAAGCAGGCAGCUACCACUCCGAACCCUCCUAAGCGACAGCAUGGCGACGAUGGCAAUAUCGCUGAACGUUAUUUCCUCGAUCAGAUCAAGCUGCUUCGUCAUUGUCACCAGCAGGAAGAAGCGAGCGGUCAACAGGAAAACGAGACGUCUGCGUGGAUGGCAUUUGAAGAGCGGCUUGUCUUCUAUUACGACUUCGUUACUAAGUCUCGACAAGAUAUGCACCCUUUGGAGCCCUUACUUGGCGACAACGCUGAUGACGCAGACCCCAUGACUCGAGCUGCCGAUCCACAAGAGUUCGAACAUGCUGCAACGUUGCACAAGCAGACAUCGAUGAAGAACAUUGCUGAAUUGGAGAUUCUGUGUUUCCAUUGCUGGUGGAAGGAGACCUCUCUUCAAGGGGAGACACGACAAUGCCGGUUGCGACUUUACUUCUCCAUCCCGACACGUCAUUUUCAGGUGGUGUUGGAGGAUUCUCCUAACGUAUUUACUAUUUCCCACGUUGCGCAUGCUGUGACUGGGGUGCCUCUUUCUGUUUGGGACUUGCAUGAAGGUGCGCGGAUUAAAGUACUCGGCCGCCCAACGACUCUGCGCCAGGCGAGUCUUCUCACUCGCCAAUGGUUAGAGAUCCACGAGCGUCGACUGCGUCCCGUCAUGGAGCAGUUGCAGAAGGAACUGGCCAAAUACGAGCUCCGUUCACACGGACGCUCCGCAGCGGCACCACCAUCCGGCCGAAUCCUUUGCGCCGAUCCGCAUCGUUCCAAAUCCGGAGUGUCAUUACGCCAGUUGCUGGAUGAGAUUGCUUUACUUCAGACCAAGUUGGCCACGUAUCGUCCAGACCUCGCUCGUCGAUUGUGCGAACCGCUCGCACGUCUUGAUAUCGCAUAG